AUGUCUUUAUUUGGAGAUAUAUUACCGAUUAAUAAAAAUGAAAGCCAAAAUAAUCAGGCCAGUGCAAAUCUUUCUCCCUAUUUAAACUUUGAUCCCAACUACAUACCUAAAAUGCAACCAGAGUUUCUAUAUCCCGAUGAGAGCCAUAUGGCCUCAACAGCACGAAGAUCAAACGUAGCAUUACCAAUCAUUGGAAUGUCUUUCAUGACUGGAUCAGGUUUGGGAGGCAUGGCUGGUCUUUACAAAGGAUUAAGAGCGACAACAUUAGCUGGACAAAUUGGCAAAGUAAGGAGAACACAGCUUAUAAACUAUAUAAUGAAGCAAGGCACAACAACUGGCUGUACCCUAGGCAUAUUAGCUUCAUUUUAUUCAAGUAUAGCCCUGGGUGUAACUUGGAUUAGGGACCAAGAAGAUACCGCAAAUACCUUUAUAGCUGCCACAGCUACAGGUGUUUUAUAUAAAAGUACUGCUGGUUUGCGCUCAAUGGGCUUAGGAGCAGCUGCAGGGCUUACAUUAGCAGGCCUUUACACCCUCCUCACUGAUAAUGAUAAUAUUUGGAGCAAAGCUAGAUAUAUGAAAAUGUGA